AAUUGGUUAAAGAAAUUCAGGAUGUACUUGACAAAGAAUCAAGUUAUAUGAGAAUGGAGGAAUAUAAGGGCGAAAUCCCUAUGGUUGGGCUUGCAACAAUACCUAAAACAUUUUUUGAAUCUAUUGAAACAAUUGUUUUGCAAUAUCUUAUGCCACCGAUGGUUUUUAAGGUUUGUGAACAAAUGCAUGAGUGUUUUUUUUAUGAUUGUGUUAAAAUCAACCAUUCAGAUAUUGAGUCAAUAUUGCAAGAGCAGGUGGAUAUGGAUUAUGAUGAAGGAAUGCGUGAAGACAAUUAUGAGCUUAUGAAAGUUAAUUUGGUUAAUAUAAUCGAAAGAAUUGGGCAUGAACACAUUAUUGAAGUUUGGAAAUUAGUAUUGUCAUGUGGAACUAAAAAUCAAUAUGUUAUAAUCGCAGCAGACGGAUUAAUCGCAUGGCGGUGGUAUAAGGAUGAUUUAGUAAAACAAGAUGCGAAUAAAAUUUGGAAUCAACCUUCUAUUUCUUUAUGUGUUGAUACAAUUCAAAACCAAAAUAUUACAAAUCAUGCAUGUGAUUUUGGAUAUUUAAAAGAAAUUCGUAAUUCUGACGUUUAUACACCGGUGUUACAAGAAAUCAAUAGUACUCGCCAAAAGUAUGGCCGUGCACAUGGAAUAAUGCGAAAGGCUCUUGAUUUGGCAAUUGCCACUAGCUCAUAUAAUGAAUUAAUAGGAAUUUGUCAAG